UUCUCCACACCUGCCAAUUUGUCACUUCGUCUCCCAGCUUUACUGCCAGCUCCUCCCGGAGGCUGAAGCAGAGAGGGUGCCCUUUGGGGGCGUGGGGAGGCUGGCUUGUUGGAGGUUGGCACUCAGCAUUGGGCAAGUCACUUCAUUCCCCCAGGGCCUUGGCUCUUGAUCUUCCAAGGUCUCAACCUGACCAUGCAGCCACUGGAGACUUCCUGGGACUGGUGACAUCGAAAGGCGAGAGGGGGGCCGCCGUGGGCUAUCUGCCCCACCUGCCCAGCAGCUCAUUUUGUUGCUUCAACCCCUGCCCAGGCCCAUUCCACAGAUGCACCUAACAGACCUCCGAGGGCAGAGUCAGGCCUGCCUGUGUGGGGCCUGAAGUUUAUACAGUUUGGGGGGCCCUUGGUAAGAAAACUACCAAGUAGUUGGUAAAAUCACUUAGCAAAAAAGUCCUGCUUUUGGGCUAAGAAAGUGAAAAAAAUUAGGCAUGAGAGUGAAUAUGGAGAAUGGGAAAACUAAUCAGCAAAUUAUGGGUGCCUUGGGAAUGCAUGUGCCUCCUGACUCAGAUCUCACUGGACAGUUUCCUGGAAACAUUUCCCUAGAAAUACCUGAUGGUAUUUCUAGAAAUACCUGAUGGCAACCUGGCUUUGCUGCACCUGGAAAAUGGCCAGUGGCCCUGACCACUGGCGGCAGGCAGAAUUAAAAUUCUUGCCCCCUUUCACUCUCAGGGUAGAGCCCUGUGGGGUAGUAGAAUCUCGGCCCUUCAAGUGACAUGGGGGGCUGUUUCUGUUCCCAUGUUGGUUUGAGGAAUGGCAAACACACAACACAGUGAGGGCUACUAGAUAGAUUUUUGUAGAAAGAGCCCAUUCAAGUGGUCACCACCCCACACGGGCUUUCAAUCAACACCUUGGCGCCACCUAAUGUAAGGGCUCAACAGCAGGGUGUGUGGGUUGGGAUGCCCUUGGGGGCGCUUAGCCCCACACUGACCUAGAUCCAAGGAGAUACCUGUCUUCCUCAAGAGCCUGGCCCAAACACAGGGUAAUUUGGAGUGAGCACCUUGGCCUGACCCCCCAGGCUUCUCUACUAAGCUCAACUCUGUGCCUCUACCCUUGCAAGGCCCCACCCCAUUUUCCUCUCCUUCUCCCUCAGGGCUGUUAUGGAGAAGCUCCCCUCCUCUCCCACCUCCUACAGCCUGGCAGGCUUCCUCUCAGCCUCAGGAGGAGGGUCACAUCCUCCAGCUGAAAUUCUCUGGCUUUAGAAACAGGUGUGAAGAGGUGGAUCUGGAGACAUGUUUUGGGAGCUAAGAGAACUUUCCACAAGAAAGGAGGGAGUGGGGGGGAAUGGAGAAAAAGCAGACGCAGGCAGUCCUUAGGCCUUGCGCAAGAGGUCCCUUUUCCUCUGGGCCCUCACAGCUCCUCCCCUGGCCUUGUGUGCCGGUCCUGACAGCAGAGCCCCCAACUGGGGCAGCCAGCAGCUUCACAAAAGGAGAAGGGUGAGAACCCAGCUGUGCCCAGCGCUGCAGCUCCAGGGACACACCCCACCUGCCCUUACUUCUGGAGAGUGGGCAGCACAAACCACCGAGGAAAUGGGCAGUGCCAGCAGCUUCUGCCGGAAGGGAUGGGCUGCUGGUGAGAGAGGAAGGAAAGGAAGAAAAGGAGGAGGCUUCCUGGCUGGGAAAGGUCACCUCUAAGCCCUCCCUCUGAGCCUGGGCGGUCUGGUCUGCUGUGGGGCCAGAGAGGACCACCCAGUACCUCCUACCCCCCUUUUGGAUACUCUCAACAGCUCUGUGAUGCAGUCUGGAGAGGAAACAGGCUCAGGACAGCAACAUGACCUGCCAAGCUCACUCAGCACUUGGGCAUAGGGCCAGCCUGAGAGCCCCCCAGCCUCUGUGUCCGUCUCUACUGUGUCACAGGCUUUGGAGGAAGAGGCCUCUGUUACGGCCCAGCCACCCUGGCAGGUUCUCACUACACGAUGAGCAUCAGCUGCCCGACACAGGAUUGAGUCCUGGGGGAGCCCCUUCUGCAGCCUCAUCUUCUCAAGCCUUCCGUGGGGCAUCAGCUGUGCACAGGAAGCUGGAAUCUGACCCCUGGCAUCAGGCCCGGUCUCCAUGGCAGCUGAGGAUUUAUUACUGGAGCCUCCACCCAGCUUGGCGGACUUUCGACUUGAAGCUGAGAGGAAGAGGAACUGGGAAGUUGCUUCUGGGAGCAGGAACCCAGGGGUGGCAGCCAGAGGCCCCGUGAUGGCCAAGUUUCUUUCCCAGGACCAAAUUAAUGAGUACAAGGAGUGCUUCUCCCUGUAUGACAAGCAGCAGCGGGGGAAGAUAAAAGCCACCGACCUCUUGGUGGUGAUGAGGUCCCUGGGGGCCAGUCCGACACCGGGGGAGGCACAGCGGCACCUGCAGACUCAAGGAAUAGACAGAAAUGGAGAGCUAGACUUCUCCACUUUCCUGAAUAUUAUGCACAUACAAAUAAAACAAGAAGACCCAAAGAAAGAAAUUCUUUUGGCCAUGCUGAUGACAGACAAGGAGAAGAAAGGCUACAUCAUGGCUUCUGAACUGCGGUCAAAACUCACAAAACUGGGGGAGAAACUCACCCACAAAGAAGUGGAUGAUCUUUUCAGGGAAGCGAAUAUCGAACCAAAUGGCAAAGUGAAGUAUGAUGAAUUCAUCCACAAGAUCACCAUUCCGGCGCAGGACUACUGAAUGGAGAAUGUAACACAGCCUCCCCUGGGCCUGAAGACUCAGACUGAUUAAUUUUUAAAAAGAAAAGUAUUCUUUUCACUCUAGGGAGUUGGCAAACAGCAGCAAGAUGACAUUAUCCAAUGGUAGAAGAUAGCUUAGCAAUGAAAUGAUUUCAGUCAUGUUAAUAGUAUGUCUCUAAUAAAAGAUUUUUAUUGAUUUUAAUAACACCCAUUAGUCUGGUCCUUUA